CAUUUGUCUUUGCUGUGUUUCCCUGGUGAUUAAACCUUGUGCCAUUCUAUUCCUGUUAAAUCCAUAGAAAAUGAGAAAAUGCUCGACAUUUUGGGUGACACUUGUAAAUCUGAGCCCCUUAAAGAAGACCCUCCUGAAGCGGAGCAGGCGCAAGAAAGGAAUGACCCGUUGGCGGGCAAAAAGGCAUCCGAGGAAGAGGAAGAAGAUGCGCUUGGCGGCGCCUCCACCGCUCAGCCGGAAGAAGAAGAGGCUUUAGAUUCGGAGAGCCAGUCAGGCCAAGAAGCCGAGAAAGAAGAGGAGGAAGCCAAGCACUUAGUUGUAGCGAAAGGGGAGCUGAGCGGACAGAGAGUUGAGGAAGCCAAAGUGGACUCUGACUCUUUAGCGGUAGAGAGCAGGAGUGGAGGUGGAGGUGGUGAAGGAGGAGGAGGAGGAGGAGGUGAGAGUAGCAGAGGAGCCCAGACUCUGGAAGCCAGUAGUGAGGAAACCGCGGAGACGGACGCAGGGCCCCAGGUGCUUAGCCCAGAGGCCGAGAAGAUGGAAGCCAAGGCUAAAUGUGAGGAAGAGUCCUCUGCCACUAAAGAGUCCUCUGCCAAAGAGGCUGGUGAUCAGAACACGAGUUCUGAUGAGACUCGAGAUGCAAAACUGGCUUCAAAAGAGGAGAAAGGUAUGUGCAUUUAACAUGUUAUUUCCAUGGAGCCUUUUCUGGCUUUUGCUUUAUAUCUCUUAAAAUAUUUGGACAAGGGGUACCUUUUGUUAAAAAUAGUAUGGCCACAUUCAGUGACACUCUCUCGCCUCAGAGGAAGGCAAAGGCAACCCCCAUCUGAAUAAAAUCUUCCCAAGAAAAACCUGUUGGUAGGCUCACCAUAAGCAGACAAUGACUUGACGGCACCCACCCACAACUUUGUGUUAGUUGGCAAUCUCCCAUUCAAGUACUUACCAGGGAUUG